GGACCGUCGAAACCAAGCCAUCGAUCUGUCCUGUCUUGAUGCUCGCUCGUCUCUCAAGUUUCCCUCUCCCUUACCCAUCUCUCUUCAAAGUGCCUCUAAGCCGAUGAUUUUCGACAUGGCGAAUCUCCAGCGGGUCUUCAUUUCCUUGAUGGUCAUUUUGACCGCCACGUUCCUUUUCAUGGGCCAAACUGCAGAAGCAGCCAAAGGGCCCAAGAUCACCCACAAGGUCUAUUUUGACAUUACCCACGGUGAUGAACCCCUAGGGAGAGUGGUCAUGGGUCUGUACGGCAAGACUGUUCCCAAGACUGCUGAGAACUUCCGUGCCCUUGCAACCGGCGAGAAAGGCUUUGGCUACGAGGGAUCCGCCUUCCAUCGAGUCAUCAAGAACUUCAUGAUCCAGGGAGGUGACUUUACAAGAGGAGAUGGCACUGGUGGAAAGUCCAUCUAUGGAGACAAGUUUGAAGAUGAGAACUUCAAGUUGAAGCACACCAAGAAGGGCUUGUUGAGCAUGGCGAACGCGGGCAAAAACACCAAUGGCUCUCAGUUCUUCAUCACCACCGUCGUCACCAGCUGGCUCGAUGGACGUCACGUGGUUUUUGGUGAGGUGCUGGAAGGCUACGAUAUUGUCGACAAGAUCGAAAAAGUUGCCACCAGCUCUGGAGACAAACCAGUCAAGCAGGUCAAGAUUGCGAAGAGUGGAGAGCUGGAGGUUCCAGCUGAAGGUAUUCAUGCCGAGCUUUAGAUUUGAGGGCAGGGGAUUGUACUGCUCUCGAACUUCAAUCGUGAGAAACAUGCACUGAGACCGUCUUGACAGAACCCCUUUAUUCUGAUGCACAUCCAGAAUACACGGUUGACGACAGUGCCGACCUGGCAAAAGACAAAAGUGAAUUGGAGACACCAGCUAAGGAGGUGCCUGCCGCAGCUGAUAGCACGAGUGCCGCUGAAGCCAUUCUCACCCAGUCAUAUGUGCAGAAGGCUGUGGCAUUUCUGGUGAUCUUGACCAUUAUCUUCCUGGUCGUCCGCCGACGGAGGUCGACAUAUACAAAGCUGGACGAGAAAAGCAUGGCUUAAACAGACUCAUGAAUGAAUGCACCAUGUUGACACACAUA